AUGAGUUCUUCAACUCGAAGUGGCUAUCAAAGUCCAUGGGCACCCCAAAAACAACCCCCGGGAAAGCAGUCAAAACGGCCGACUUCACUGGGAGGCCACACUUCUUCGUGGUUUGAUCGCUUGCAUCGCCACCAUGAUCGUAAACAUCUUCAGUCCAACGACGACGACGACGACGACGAGGAAAGUCCUUUACUCGCGAAAGAUCAACUUUACGAAGAUGGCGAAGGCGCUCAUAGUCAACCAGCACUUCCCUCAACACUUCCAUCCGAGCUCCGUGGCUUCUUUUCUGCCACCAAUAAUCAUACGCGGAAAGCAUACGAUACAUCUCGCGGAUUUCUGGUCCGUAAUGCAAAGUACAUCCUUAUGGCAUGCUCACUCGCGUUGUUAACGCUGCUUACCUCUAUUUUGAUUGGUUCCUUCUUCCAUCGCAAGGACGACAAGAAGAUUUACUCUUGUCAAUCACCCGAGUGUGUACAUGCUGCGUCUGAAAUUCUUUACAAUCUCGAUCCUGAUUAUGCAGAACUUGAUGCCUGUACCCAAUUCGAUAGAAUGGUCUGUGGCGGUUGGCAAUUGCGCCAUGACCUCAGGCCAGACCAAGGUGACAUGUUCACAGGGACUAUCAUGGCCGAGAGAUCCAAGACCAUUCUGCGACAUAUCUUGGAAGAAAGUUCUUCGAAAGCACCGUCUUCUCCAGCAGAUCAGGACAACUUCCAGAAGCUCAAGGAUGACUACGACUCCUGCAUGAACGAAAAAGAGCUUCAGGAAAUUGGCCUCAGACCGCUUCAAGGUAUCAUCAACCAGAUCAAGAUGUCUUUCCCCUUGGCCUUUAAUGAUGUUGGGCACACUACUUUUAAAUCGCCCGAGACCACCUCUCAGUGGAACGGGAUUGCUGACGGGGCCAACCAAUUGACGGAGGCAUUGUUAAAUCUGAUAAAGCUCGAUAUUGGGGCAUUUCUAGCGUUUCAUGUUGAGGCUGAUGACCGUGAUCCUGAUAGCCAAGUCUUGAUGGUCACGCCACCACGCCAGAUUGGUUUACCAAGCAAGGAAUAUUAUGAGAAUAAGGAGGUCGUUAAAGAGUAUCAAUCGAUAACCGCUACAGUCCUGAAACAAUUUUUCGAGGACCUCGGUAACGCUACGCUCUUUCGAUAUCGUCGCAACAGCGACUCUUUGAACAAGUCUCCGUACCGGAUGGCCCCACAAAUGGAGAUUAAUGAUCUUGCGCACGAAAUUGUCGAUCUUGAAGUUAAGCUGGCAGCAGCUACGCCGCCAACUGAAGAGCAGGAAGAUGUUACCAAGUACUACAACCCUAUGACUGUCGAGGAGAUACAUGGCUUGCUGCCGCAGGUAUCCUUCGACUACAUCAUCGCCCAACUGGCUCCGAAAGGAUACUCUCCAGAGAAGAUUAUUGUCGGUUCUCCAGCGUAUAUGGCUGCUCUUGCGAAACUACUUUCCAGCUCGACAAAUGAGACGCUGCAAGCUUUUUUUGUUUGGAAAGCCGUACAACGCUACGAAAAGAACAUCGAACACGCCUCACUCGAGCCACUCAGAGCUUUCAACAACAAGCUACGUGGGCUUGACCCAUCCGCGAAAGAGGAGAGAUGGCGCACGUGCAUCGAUGCUGUAGAUCGAGAUCUUGGCUGGAUACUGAGCAAGUUCUUCGUAGAAGCUGCCUUUUCCGAAAACUCUAAGAAGUUUGGUGAUCAGAUCGUUACCGAUAUCAAAGAUAGCUUCACAACGACUCUGGAAAAUACCGAGUGGAUGUCCAACAAUGUUCGGGAUCGAGCCAUCAAGAAAGUGCAUGCAAUUGAUCAAAAGAUUGGCUAUCCGACGAGCAACCCUAAUGUGCUUGAUCCUGAGGCGCUGAGAAAGUACUACGAUGCAGUUGUCAUUUCUAACACGACAUUCUUCGAGAACAAGGUACAAGUCGCACACUUCGAGACACGGCAGGCCUGGAACAAGCUAGGCAAGCCUACUCGACGUGACGAAUGGGACAUGACCGUGCCCACCGUCAAUGCCUACUACAACCCGGCCGGCAACGAGAUUGUCUUCCCGGCCGGCAUCAUGCAAGCUCCAGUCUUCUACGACCCAUCCGUGCCGCAAUACCUGACCUACGGUGCCUUCGGCGCAGUCUCCGGCCACGAACUAUCCCACGCCUUCGACAGCACCGGCUCCCACUACGACGAGACCGGCAACUACACCGACUGGUUCGACGAAUCCACCCAGCAAGCAUUCGAAACCAGAACCAAAUGCUUCGAGAAGCAAUACGCCAACUUCACCAUCUCGGGCCCCGAUGGCGAAACGCUCCACGUCAAUGGCAGGUUGACGCUAGGGGAGAACAUCGCCGACGCAGGCGGUCUGCAUGCCGCAUUCUCGGCGUGGAAGAGGAGAGAGGCGGACAACCCCAGCGAGGCCUUACCCGGUCUACAGCAGUUUUCGCCUGAGCAGCUGUUCUUCAUCAGCUAUGGCACUUGGUGGUGCGAUAAGAGUACCAAGGCCAAGGCGGUGGAGAGGAUCUAUACGGAUCCGCAUGCGCCCAAGUGGGCGAGGAUUCUGGGCACGAUGGAUAAUUCGGCCGAGUUCAAAAAGGCUUUCCACUGUCAAGAUGUGGAGCCGGCUUGUAAGCUUUGGUGA